AAAUUUCUAUCAUUAUUUACUUGAGAGGUGUAUUUUGCUAUGGUCUUAGUUUUUUUAGGAAAAAAAGAGUUUUAAGAAUACGUCCUAUGAGUUCAGUUAAGUCAGCAGUUUCAAUACUUGAAGUAUUUGCAUUUUUUUUUCUUGAUUAGUCAUAUGUUUUAAUGCCAAAGAAAGAAUAGUUUUUUAGAAGAUAAGCAAAAGUAUUUAGUGUAACUAUCGCAUCUGAUUAAGUUUUGAGGUUCCAUAUCAGAAUUUGAGCUAUUUGAAAAGUAAAACAAAUUAACAUUGUCACUCCAAAAUAUUUUAAGGAUAAUAUCUUCAAAGACAUGUCACUUCUUUUACAUCCAAUGUUUGAAACGAAUGCUUUAGAACCAAAUUUGCAUAAAUUCAAUGGGAUCUACGAUCGAACAAACUUGUUUUCUUCAGAAACAGUGAGGACGUCAGCUUUCAGCGAUUUUCGAACUUUAAAUUCUUCCAGGAUAUCAACAUACUUUUGGGAAAAAGAUUAUUCAAAUAUUUCAAGCGAAUUUGCAAAGCCAGUCUCUAGGCAUUAUGAAAACUUCUUUACAAAAACGAAUGUAUGUCAAAAUCUCUGGAUUCAUCAAGAAAUACAAAGGCCUGUGGUGGAUUAUCCUGCAUAUUCCAGCAAAACUACAGAGCUUUGGAGGCCUUUCUCUCCUCCACCUAGGGAUGAAGCAUGUUCGUUUCAAAAAAGCUGUAUGUUUGAAAACCAAAGUACUUCUAACAAACCUCCUGUGAUUAUUCCGUCCUCCGUCAAAAUAGGGCCUUCAAGCUCAUCCGUGUUUCGGUCUGUGAAGAAGAAGAAAUACACUUGCUUGAAUUGUUCUACGGUUUUUUCGAAUAGUAUGCAGUUGAAAAGUCAUUUAAGAAAACAUAAAGGUGUCAAGCCUUAUAAAUGCGAGUAUCCGAAUUGCUUGAAACACUUUGCCAGAAACGAAGAGCUCACUAGACAUCGCCGAAUUCAUAGCGGAUAUAAGCCUUACCAUUGUAAUGUCUGUGGCAAAUCCUUUUGCAGAAAAGAUCAUUUGAGCAAACAUUUGAAGACUCAUUUGCAGAUAUCUGAAAAGAAAAUCUAUGUCUGUUGUGUUCCAGGUUGCGAACAUAGUUACACAAGGUCGGACGCCCUCACCAGGCACAAGACUACCGCGCACUCCAACCUAAAGAAUGACAUGGAUUUCAAAAUGGAAAGCAAAUGAAUGUUAAAGAAACAAAAUGACUGAAAGUAACCUGUUAAAUAGAUUUUAAAUCAGUAAAGAGUUUUUUUGCUUAAAUUAUUACGAGAACUUAAGGGAUUAGAGUAACUAUACGUUAAAUACUUUCAAAGACGUUAUAAUUUUUUUUGUUACCCUUUGUAUUCUCAAGGUUAUUCGCACUUGAUGGUAGUCUAGCGCUAUGAAUAAUGAUAUUUCCAACAGCAUUUUAUCUAAGCAAGUUCAUAUCAAUUAGUGACAUUCAAUAUUUAUGCUUUCCUACAUUUAUCGUGUUCAUUCUGAUCAUAUGAGUUUCUAAAUUGCAGCAUUAUACACAUCCAUUAAUUGAUUGAACAAAGAAUUAUAAUUAAAAUUCUUUUUUUUGUGUGAACAAGAGUUAAUUGUGUUACUUCAAGUAAAAUAUCAAAAAGUGAAAUUAAAAAGUUUAUUGCUACUAAAUUAGAAGAUAAUUCUUUUAAAGAUUUUACUGUACAAAAACAUUGCAUUUAUAGCUUUUAUAAAACUUAAAAAAGAAAGAAAACGUGAGAAUAUUGUUAUAAAAUUUACUAAAUUACUAUUUAUUAAAAAUACUAUUUAGUAUUUUUUAACGAUCACAUAAUAGCAAAAUAAGUGAAAUAAUGGUUUUUUUCCACAACUUUUUUUCUCCGUUUUCAUUAUUUGCUUUAAAGAAUUUCAGAUAAAUAUAAAAUAAAACACACUAUGUUUAUUACAUUAUGCAUUUUUAUGCUUGGAUAAUACUUAUUAACAUUUCAAACGGGUAAUUAAAUAAAAUAGUGAUUUUUUUUUUCUUGUCUCUUCAUCAUUUAAAAAUGUAUCUGUCCACAUUCUUCGAAACAAGUAAACAAAACAUUUUUUUAUUUCUCAAAACAAACUGUGUUAAGUAUACAGGAUGAGAUCUUGUCAACAUGAAUUGUGCAAAAUCUCUUUAAUUCAUGCUUAUAUGCAAGUAGAACUUUUGAGUCCCCUUAACCUUUAAUAAGACUACCAACAGAGAACAGAAAUUCAGUUCAUGGAUAAGCAAUUAGAGUAGUACAGAGUGGCAACUUCUCAUAGCACAUAAAAGCUUUUGUUAGAAGUUAGGAAAUUGUCAUAUAUUCUAAUUGACUGAAUAUGAUAUGAGAAAACUAUCAAUUUUGUUGUGAAAGUUUACAAAACCGUGGCUGCGGACUUAUCGUUUAGGUAGGAAUAAGUACAAGUGGAUUUACAUGCCUAUUUAUCAUCCAGAAUAGAAAUUCGAUGAAUAGAUGGUUCAGAUAAGAGAUGCUUGAACCUUUCGUUUUGCUGUUUGCUAGAGCCAUCGGUGCUAUGUUCAUUAUGAUGGAUGAUAAAGUUCAAUAUGACAGAGUUCGUCUUAUUGGAGGCAAGCAAUUGGGGCAAGUUAUAGAGUGAAUGGAUUGACCAACACGUUUAUCAGAUCAGAAUCCGAUGGGGAAUAUAUGGAACACCCUAGGAUUGACAGUUACUUUCAGUAAAGCCUUUCUCUGAAUACUUUAUAAGCAAGAGACGGCAAUUGAGGAGAAUUGGUUAGGAAUACUUUUGAAUUUAUUGGAUCAUCUUGUAAAUUCUAGGCCGAGCUAAUAUUUAGCUAUUUAAGUAUCUGAAAAGACUACAAGUCUUAUUUAUAUGGCACAUAAGUCCAGAAAACAAUUCGUCGCCUUUUUUUAUUUUUUAUUAUCUAAAACUUUGAAACAUUCGCAAAUGCUUGAGGCAGGUUUAUCGGUUAAACUAAUUCGCAAACCGAAAUUUCAAGUGACAUGUGCAUAUAACUACGCAGAAACAACCAUUCUAAUAUUUUUUUUCUUCCAAAACUGAUGACUGGAACUUCUCCAGGAAGAUAGUAACCCAACAACCCUUUAGCUUUAGAGACGCAUUUUUUUUUCGUAUGCUGCACAUUUAAAAUUAUAUAUUUUUUCUUUCCUUUCGGAAUUGGAUUUUGAACCUGGAACACUGAGGUUCGGAAAUCGAGGCUUUACCAAAGGGUCACUACGCACGAGUCUGUUCUUUUUGGCAUCGAAAUUAUCUAAAUUACUAAAGUCCUGACGCAAGAGGUAAAAACGACAUUAUGUAUGUAUACACUAAGUAAUACAUUUCUCCUUAUGGAAAAGGAAUUUUCUCGUCAAAAGAGCUAUUAAUUUUUUUAUUUACUUCUAGUUCUGGAUUCUUAGGAAGAAGAAAGAUCCAACUGACCUUUAAUUGGGGAUCCUGACAUUGAACUAUUCUGCAUUUAUUUAGCAUGCUGGCGGAGGACAAAAAUGCUAAUCUUUUGCUUUAUAUAUUGGGUUCACGCUAAAUCCUACCCCCCCCCUUUCCCCAAACUGCACAACGAUGGCAGCUAUAAUUAUAAAAGUAUUGUCUAUCAAAGUUACUUAACAAUUACCCUAGUAAACAAAUGUACGGGUUUAUACCUUAUGUUCUUCGUAUUAAUAUGCACAUAAUGUCUUUCUGCAUUAAAUCAAUGGUGCUAUGCAAUUUUGUAACUGGUUAUUUCUUCGCAUUUCCUAAAGUUUUUUUAUAUAAGAAAUCCAUCUCUUAAUUUCACCUCUACUGACGAUGUGAACGGUCUCAUCAUGUACUACAUAGCGAACGCUAGUACCCAGGUACAACUUUUAUGAUUAUAUCUGUCGCAUCUCUGUUAUUGAAGAGGGACCUUAGGAUUUUAGUCAACACCAUGUAUGUUAAUUUUCCAUAUUCUCUCGACGAUCUCUGUCACAAUUUAGUAUAAUAUUUUAACUUGUUUUGAAAACCUGUGGAGCAAUAACAAUGCUCAACAUCGAUUAUUUAUCACAACAGUUAUUUCAAUUCUUUUAGGGUGAAUUUAUACUUUUUGGGUGAUACUUUUUGUAAAAUUGGCUCUUGUUCUUGAAAUAAAGUGAAAACUAAUACGUAUUCAGCACUCAAAUUGAAAUUGAAGCUGUCUCAAAUAUAAAUCAAUAAUAAAAUUAAAUUAAUGCAAUAAAUCAACUUAAUCCCAAACAGCAUUCGGUAUAACUGUGUAAGGAAAGUAACUAAGGAAAACUGUGUAGAAUUUAAGUUUAAAGAAUAAAGUUUAAAACAAUAUUAACGAAAUAAAUAUCAACAAUUUAGAAUGGAUCAAACGUAAUUGCAUAUUAUUGAUAAUAUACAAUUAUGCUAUAAAAAUAUGAUAAUUUGUAUGAAGUCCAAUAAAAGGAAAACUAAAUAAAUUGGUGGAACCAAUUCAGGGAGAAACUGUUCCGACAUAAUUUCCUUGUAUGUGCAGUGGAAGUUUCGCGUUAUAAGUUCCCACAGCAAUGUACAUAUUUACCAUCAUACACCUUCCUUUUUUUCCUUUUAAAAUUUACGCUUUUACAUUAUUGUAAUAUCCUGGUGGAAUCUUUCUCAUAGUUUUUCCUUGAAAUGAACCACAUUCUCCAGAAAUUUGUCCAACUGACCAAGUAGGAAAUAUAAUUUUGAGCUCAUAUUAGAAGCCGAUUCUUCAGAGUUUCUAGGUUAUCCAAAAAUUUCUUAAUAACCUUUUAUUGCUCAGACCUGGAAACGUUUUACAGCUGUAUUGGAAACAAUUACCAUAUCUAUUGAGGAUCUUAGUAAAAUGUUUCCUUAGGCUAAGUUUUAUAUGAAGUGGUAAGGGAACUAUAUUAUUUCCCUUAAUAAUUUUUGGGAGAAUUAUCUCCUAUAUAACAACCAAUGGCACCCUGAUGUUUGCUGUCCCUACAAAUAGAAUUUAUUUUAAUGGCCAUUUCAUUUUUGUCUAGUGAUCUCCGUAGGCCUUACUAUCUCACAAGAAAAUGAAGCAUGAACACUUCCUAAAUUUGGGGGGGGGGAUUACUCUUAAGUCUGUUGUUUCUUGAGAAACAUUGCAAAGCAAUAUUCACAAGCGAAAUGGUGCUUGACUGAUGAUAUCGGAAAAUGAGUUUUUACCAUUUUCUUCUGUAUAACGAAAAUACAAAACAUAUUUGAAAUUGUAAAACAACACAAAUAGAGUACUUUUUUUUACAUUUAAUGAAUUCAAGUAAAAGAGUAUUUGUAGUCAUUUUUUCACAAGCAUUUUUGUUCUCUCAGAAUUAACUGAAUGUUUAAAAAAAUAACGCGAAUAUCUAUCUAAGGUUUUUACCAGAUAUUCUCUCCUGUAUAACAUGCAUUUCAAUGGAAAUUGCAACCAUUUUGCUGAAAUAAAAUUCUUUUGAUAAAAUCCUAUAGAGAAUUUUAAAAUUUAAUGGCUGAAAGCUUUUCUGAAUUCACAUGUUCACGGAUGAGCAGGUAAAUAGAUUUUCUAUGGAUGGAUUUCGUCCAAAAUUUGAUAUAAAUCUAAAAUUUUGGUGUAAGAACUGCACGCCAGAUUUCAUUCCUUUCAACACGUCGUGUGAACAGAUAUAUGCUUUUCGGAAGUGGGGUAAUCUAAAAUGUGUAAAAUUUUCGAUGAUCACAGUACCUAUAUCUAUCACAGUUUCUGAUAUCUUAAAGUACAACAGUACUUUACGAUAUGAGAAAAUAAAAAUCCUCAAUAUAUGGCUUUUUAGAAAUUUGAAAUGACUAAUUGAUUUGCAGACUGCAUUAAAAAAGUCGAUUUAAGAGAUGUUGAUGGCACACUAAACCGCAAAUUUUCCAUUUGUUCCUUCUCCUAUUGUAUAUGCUCUUCGCUGUUUUUGCUAACAUUGCAUGAAGCUCAAUUCUUAUUUUGGUCGAUAAGUUUGAUUCCAGUACUCGUUAAUACUUGAAGAAAGCAAUUUUUAUUUUGGUAUUUAAUAAAUAAUUUAAAUAAUAAAAUUUUUAAAAAAAACACCGAAUGAUUUAAAAUUUGCAACAAUUAUUAAUAGCAAUCGAAAUCUUGAGAAUAUGCGUUUUUCAAAAACCAGAGUCAAUUUGUAAUCUAUCUAUCUAAUCUAAUCAGUUUUGAAAAAGCAGCGUCAAAUCGUUAGAACUUUCUUGAUAACUAUUUUGUUGUCAUUGUUGAUGCUGAGCAGUGCAAUCGCUUGUCAUACCUAUAUAGGGUUACAACACGUGAUUUUCAGGAAUAAUGGACAAAAGUCAUUUACAGUAUUUAAUUGCUUGUCAUAUUGAAUCCAUUGUGAUGGUGAAGCUCUAAUUGUGACAAUGGCAGAAUGAAUUGCGAUUUUCUUAAGUCAUCUACAUUAAUAUAAUUUCGUAGCAUUUAAAUAUAUUCUCAUACAUGUAAUAUAUGCUUUGAAAUGCCAAAGUACUAAUUUUUUAUGGAGGGAUCAGAAACUCAAUAUGCAAUUUUUUUGCAUGGGAAAGAAUUAGUUAUAUCAAUUUCGUGGACUUUAUUUUAAAACCUGCUGUUCUGUUCACAUUUAUUAGGCUAAUAUAAUGUUCGGUUAAUAUCACCAGAACAUUAAUGCUUCCUUCAUGGAGUCCAUGUUCUCUGUUUUGUUAGAAAAAUAUUAUAUUUAGAAAAAAUAAAAAAAAAUUACUGAAAUUGAAAAAAAAAAAAACUAUUGACAAAAUGCAAUAUAGAGAUGAAUACAAAGUUUAUGUAUCUAAAGUUUAAACGAAAAUGAAUUGGAGCAUUUCUUAAAUUUUGUAUUCAUUAUAUUUUUCAUUUGGAUAGAA